AUGACCUCCCUCGAGGAGGGAGAGGUAUACCAACACCUGGGCAUGCCCACAGGAGUCCGCGUCAGACAGACCCCCGGAGACACCAUUGCAGAAAUCCUGUGGGACGCGGGCCAAAUUGACUCCUCCCUGCUCACCCCCUGGCAAAAGAUCAACGCCCUCAAUACCUUCCUGAUCCCCCGCAUCUCCUUUCUCCUCAGGGGAUCGGCCGUAGCCAAGGUGCCCCUGAACACGGCCGAUAGCACCAUCAGGCAGCUAGUGAAGAAAUGGCUCUACCUUCCCCAAUGGGCCAGCACCGACAUCAUCUACAUCUCCCACAGGCAGGGCGGCGCCAACGUACCUUGGAUGGGUGACCUGUGCAACGUGGCGGUGAUGAUCCACGCCUUCCGCCUCCUGACGUGCCCGGACCCGAUGGUGAGGAGCAUCGUGGAGGAAGCCGUACAGGACGUGGUCAGAAAACGCAUCGCCAGGACCCCCUCAGAGCAGGAUGUUGCCACUUACCUCAGCAGCUCCCUGGAGGCUGAGUUCGGGAGAGAGGGGGGAGACCUGUCCUCUCUCUGGUCCCGCGCCCGCAACGCCUCGAGACGCCUAGGAAAGAGGAUCAGCUGCCGCUGGAAGUGGUGCGAGGAGCACCGGGAGCCGGGAAUACUGGUGCCAUGUAUAAAGACCCCGGACCACACCAUCGUCACCCCGACCGCCAGAACAAUGCUGGAAAGGACCCUGAAAGACGCCAUCCGCUGCCACUACGCCAAGAACCUCAAGUGGAAGCCGGACCAGGGCAAGGUGUUCGAGGUGUCCAGUAAGUGGGACGCCAGCAACCACUUCCUCCCCGGGGGCAGCUUCACCAGGUUCGCCGACUGGCGGUUCGUCCACCAGGCCCGACUCAACUGUGUUCCCCUCAACGGAGCCGUCCGCCACGGCAACCGGGACAAGCGCUGCAGGAAGUGCGACUACGCCAACGAGACCCUGUCCCACGUCCUGUGUGGAUGCAAACAGCACUCUGGAGCCUGGCGGCACUGCCACAAUGCCAUCCAGAACUGA